AUGGACAGCGGCGACAGAAACCCCACUGAUAAAUCUUCGUCCGAGGAUGGUAGGAGUGGAACCAAGCUAACACCUGGAAUGAGACCCGGAGCUCGUUACAUAUACUAUCGGUUAUACACCAAAGAUGGUCCACUCGAAUCAAACAGCCCCAUCUACUCGAACGACCGCUUUAUCAGCCGGAUCGCGUCCUCAUCAGUGAGACCCCCUCAUACCGCCACCUCUUUGUUGAGGUAUCUCUGCAAGAUUGAGGGCUUAGCACUCCAAAACUGCAUCUUAUUUCAAUCUCUCUCAGAAAUAACUGCUUUGGACGAUUUGAUACACCUCUCGCUUUGGGGGACUACUGGGCCAGGCACAUCUAAUGGAGAUCCAAUGGCGCUGGUUGUUGAUAAAAGCGCCGCAGAGAGAAGAUCACAGGUAACGAGCGUGGUACAACCGCAAGGGCUGUUUGAAGGCGAUCAUGAACAUCGUUACGUGUAUUAUUGCGUUUACGACGAUGAUGGUGAGAUUGUCCCAAAAACGUCUUUCGACGACAACAAUCCCUCUUUGGGUCGCAUCAAAACACUCUCUGUCCCCCCACCUCACACUGUGUCUUCCUUGAAGAACUACGUCAUCAAAUCCGAAGAUGUAUCGGCCAUCAAUGUUCUGCUAUUUGAGGACGAGGGCAGCGAGUCUGCCAUGACUGACAAUGAUGCGCUCACCCUUCUAUCUGAUACGUUCCCAGGAUUUACAGAAGACCGCCCAAUUGCAAUUACAUAUGAAUCGGGGACGGCAAAUGGUUCAGCUGACAACGAGGAUCCGGACGACAUCCAGACACGAAAGCUGAUGGAAGCAUUGGCACAAGUCAAGAAAGAAUUGAAUGAGGUGAGAGAGGGAUGGGAAAAGGCGAAAGAGACACACGUGCGCGAGAUCAAUGAAGCCCUAUCUGCAAUACUUCCAGCGCAGUUGAAACCUUCAACCUUCACAAAGAUACUCAAAGCAACGAACGAUUGGGGGAGAAGAAGUAUGAGGCCAAUAGUCGUGUCGCUGGUAUUUAUUGAUCUCUCUCGAGUUAUUCCUCCUGCUGAAGUCGUCGACUAUAGAAUGGAAUGGCUACCUGGCGACAAACUCUUUUGGAAAACUGGCUUCUUUAUUUCUGACCCGACCUCUUUCUUAGAUGAUGUCGUUUUUUGUUGA